UUUUCACGAAUUCGAUUCAUCAUCAUCUCCUUCCACCAUUUGUGAUCCUUCCGUUUCUCUCUCUCUCAAUUUCAUCUGUUUCCUCCUCUUUCGUUGCUCUGAGAGGCAUGAUUUCGAAUUUUUGGGUUUUUGUUAAUGGAAAUGCAUGAUUUCGAAUUUUUGGGUUUCGGUUGAUGGAGAUUUUAAUUAAACUUGAUUGCUAGAACUCCCUACUAGGCUAUGAACAUUCCUUUUUCGAAAUAUCUGUGUGGUAGUAUGUGAGCGGUUUUGAUGGUGGUGUUCUCAAUUUGUUUUUUGUUUCAAUUUCUGAUUUGUUUCGUGAUAUCCCAGAUUUGGUUCUCUUUGAUGAGUUUAUAAGGAGAAGUAUGCUAUUUGAGAACCUUUGACUUUGAUAUAUUGAAAAAGAAAUACAAACUUGCUUCUCAAACUCGUACUUGUUUUCUUCUUUUAGAGGAAUUGAGUUUGUUCAUGGAGAAGCUGAAUGAUGUAUAUUACGUCGAUGAUGAUGGUCAGCUUAAUGAUUUCCAAGUUGAUUCUGGAACCUUGGCAUGUGUGGCGUGUGGCGUUCUUGGCUUCCCCUUAAUGUGUGUGGUACAGCCUUCUAAAAAUGCAUCUGUCAGCAAGACAAGGAGAGAUAGCUCGAGCUAACGAUCCUGAUCAUGAUCAUCGCCCUCCAUUGAAAGAACCGGUGAAGUACACUUUAGUUUGGAGUUCAGAUUCAGAUUGCUACUUCUGGUUGUCUGUUCCUCCAGCUGGUUACAGAGCCGUGGGAGUGAUUGUCACAGACGAAGCAGAGGAGCCUAAGGUUGAAGAAGUGAGAUGUGUUAAAGAGGAUCUUAGCAAAAAGGUUGUGUACUCGUCGAAACACAGGUUGAUGCGUCGGCGCUUGCGUUUGUCAAAGGAAGCAACAAACCGGUACGUACUCGUCGAAACACGGACACGCGAGUUUUCUUCACCCUGGAUUGUAUCUUCAAGGCUCGUCGAAGCUAGGAAUUGGAGUGAGAAAUGAUGCUGGGAAAAGCAAGUAUGUGUUGAAUUUUAGUCAAAGGUAUAGAAUUGUAGCAGCUGAGUAUUUAGGGGAAGGAGCGGUUUCAGAGCCGUGCUGGCUGCAGUACAUGAAAGAGUGGGGACCAACUAUAGUCUAUGAUUCUGCAGCUGAGAUUGAUAAGAUCAUUGCAGUAUCUAUCUAGCCAUUUGAAACUUGUUGUUAAUUGUGUUUCUAUACAUUGUUUUUAUACGAGAUUGUGUGUAUUUGCACGGUCCAGCUCACACCAAUGCUGGUUGGUUCAAUGAUUU